AUGGAAACACAACAACAUCAAAACACCAUAGAAAAAAACAAUCAUCAUCCUUCUUCUUCUUCACCAUCUUCUUCACCUACUCAUGAAUUCUCCUUCACAAUUUCUCUCCACUCUAACUCCUCCACUACGAUCCAUGACAAAUCAAAACCCUCACCACAGUCUCUUGCACUUGACUUAUCUCCAGCUGAUGACAUUUUCUUCCACGGCCAUUUACUUCCCCUUCAUCUCCUCUCCCAUUUCCCUUCCUCACCUCGCCUUUCCACCAACUCAAACGACAGUUUCACUCUCCCUAUAACAGAAAAUGAAAAGUUCAGAAAAGACACCGGAAGCUGCAACACCAGCCACCGAGAAUUUCACAGCACAAACAACAUCAUCACGGGAAUCACAAAACAAGAAAUCAAAUCCAGUUCCACCAACACUAAAUCCAACAGCUUCUCUUUGUUUGGAUUAGCAAAAGGAAAUAAUAAAGAGAAGCCUCAGCAGAAUAACAACAAGAAGAAACUUAUUGGUUAUGACAUGAUUCAAGCAUUGAAGAAAUACUUUUUCAGAAAAAGAGAAAAGAAUCGAUUCCACGGAGAAGCUUAUUCACGUUCAGGGAAUUUAAUGAGGAAAAAUAAGCCACAAGUUAGAGGAAGUAGAGGAGAAUAUUCAGCACCAGCUUCCAUGAGAACUUCUCCAACAAAUAGUGGAUUGUUGUUAGCAAAAGGUGCUGCUCUUUCUUCUUCAUCUUCUACAAAUGAUAGUACCAUGGAAGAGUUACAUGCUGCAAUUCAAGCUGCAAUUGCUCACUGUAAAAACUCUAUUGCAAAAGAAGAUAAGAUCAAUUAA